CUGUCAUCACGCAGUUCACUCAAGUCCAACUGGCGGGUUCGAGCUGCUAAGACCAUGGAGCCGAAUCCAGAUUCAACGGACGUACCGAUGCCUGACGCCCCGCCAGCCGACCCGGCACCCCGCAAAUGCUCUCAGUGUACUCGUCUGGUCGAACCGCAUCUUCCUUAUGUGAGGUGCGCAAUAUGCAGAGCGAAUGGUCGCGAGUACCAGAAAAGAAAGACCGAGAAAGCACGCGCGAAAGCGCAGGCUGCAAGAGCCAGCUCUUCUGGAAGUAUGCCACCUCUGGGCGCGUCUACGUCGACAUCCGCCACCAAUAAACGGUCGUCAAAUUGCUCCUCAGAAGUGUCUACUUGGAAAAUGAUCAGGAAUCCUGUGACUGGAGAACAAGACUUUGAGUGCACGUCGGCGUAUUCCAUAGAAAUCUCCCGCGAUGGGCGUCGUAUGAAGAAAAGACCAACCUUCAUAGGCCAAUCCAAGGUGACCAAAGCCAAGGAUAAGCCAGUGGUAGACCACGACCCGAAGACUGCAGGGAUUGCGCAGAAACUUGGCUCCCACCGGAUACCUUUCUCCGAGUGUCAGACGAAAGAGGACCUGCAUGAUGAGCUUCGCCAGACGCUCUUGAAGUCUUCGCAUGCGAACUUCCGGGCUUUCUACUCGAUCAUCGACGUCGAACACGAUCACAAGAGGCGUGUCGAGGAGAUUGCAAGCGAGUUGCGCAAGGUCGAAGGCCUAUCGUUCAGUCUUAAGCAUUACCACACGAAGGUGGAUCCGCAGCGCACAUUCUAUUUCGCAAAGUACCGAUGCCAGUGUUGGGCGCAACGGACAGCAGAUGUUGUUCCCGCUGCCCCUCAGGCCAACGCUGUUCCUUCCAAGGAUUGCGGUGGUGUGGUCUCCAUUCGUGUGGCCGAGGAUGACUCGCAUACGUACUUUCCGGGUCAAAAGAUCACGGUCAUCGUCCAGCAUACGCUUGAUACGUGAGUGCUUACCCAUAACAGAACUUACAUUACAACGCAUGGUUUACUACGCCCACAUUCUCUUGCAAUCUUUUCCUACUUUAGCCGCAAAGACUACUAGCUAUAGUACGACUUCGAUACACCCGUAUCGCCUAUUCCUGUAUAGAGCAUCCCUUGCUGUCUAUCCAAGCUCCCGAGGGAGGAACAAGAAAGGAC